AUGGCACCCCACAGCUUUUCAGAUAGCUCCUCCGAUAGUGGUGACGCUUACUCGGGCUUCUCCCACCAGAAGCAGGCACCGAGACACAGCAAUGGCACCACGCCAAAGCGCACCUCUCACCUGCGCCGUUUUCCAAGCGAAGAAGUCCACGAUUUAGUCUGUGUUGGUUUUGGCCCUGCGAGUCUUGCAGUCGCCGUCGCUCUCAACGACAACAUCCAGGCGGGCCGUCUGGGAGGCCGAGAUGGCGGGCCCUUGCCCAAGGUGCGCUUCCUCGAGAAGCAGCCGCGGUUUGCGUGGCACGCAGGCAUGCUCCUACCCGGCGCCAAGAUGCAGAUCUCCUUCAUGAAGGACAUGGCUACCUUCCGCGACCCGAGGUCUCACUUCACAUUCGUCAACUACCUUCACCAGAACGAGCGGCUUGCCGACUUCACCAACCUGAGCACAUUUACCCCGGCACGGUCCGAAUUUGAGGAUUACCUGAGAUGGUGCUCCAGCCACUUCGACGACGUUGUCGACUACGGCUCAGAAGUGCUGGCUGUCUCUCCCGACAACGAGGGCUCGGCCGACAAGGUAUCCACGUUUACAGUCACCUCGAGGAGCGGCAAGUCUGGCGUCAUUACAAAGUGUCGUGCACGCAAUGUUCUCAUCGCCAUCGGCGGACAACCGUCCUUCCCGAAGCAGCUCCCGCAGAAGCACCCAAGAGUGAUCCAUUCCUCGCAAUACGCGACACUGGUGCCCAAGAUACUCAACAAGCCAAAUGCGCCCUAUCGCGUGGCUGUCCUCGGCGGCGGACAGAGCGCUGCCGAGAUCUUCAACAACAUCCAGAACCUCUACCCUAACUCGAGCACAUCCUUGGUGAUGCGUGCUGAAUUCCUCAAGCCUAGUGAUGACUCUCCAUUUGUAAACUCUAUCUUCAAUCCCGAUUAUGUCGACGACUUGUACCAACGCCCUGAGCAGCUCCGGCGUCAGGUCAUCACAGGGGCACGCGCCACAAACUAUAGCGUCGUGCGCCUUGACCUGAUCGAGCACCUCUUCGAGAAGAUGUACGACCAGCGGAGGGAACUUGGCGCCGACGAGAAGCAGUGGCCCCACCGCAUCCGUGGGAACACCGACCUCGUCUCUUGCACACCUCUGGGUGAUGACAAAGUGCGGCUCGCCAUUCGCCCGACCGGGUCGGUUCAUGCCACGCAGGAGUAUCUCGAUGUGGACCUCGUCAUCUCCGCCACUGGGUAUCAGAGGAAUGGGCACCUCGGCAUGAUCGAGCAGAUCGAGUCACUGCUGCCAGAGUCCGAGGGAUCGGCUCAGACCCCAGCCGGCAAAGCUAUGGACUACAAGUUCAACCCCAAGGUGGGCAGCCGCGACCUUCGGGUGACUCGUGAGUACGCGGUCAAGUUUGCCCCUGGCAAGGUCGCGCAAGGAUCAGGAAUGUACCUGCAAGGCACGAACGAGGGGUCGCACGGAUUGAGCGAUACUCUGUUGUCCAUCCUGGCUGUCCGGUCCGGCGAGGUUGUCGACGCCAUGUUUGGCCUCGCACCCAGGGAAAGAGCGAUGCUCUGA